GAGAAAUCUUUUGGGUGGGAGGUCACGACUCUCUUUCCGACACACGUUCCUCACACGACGGUUCCAAUAUGACAUACGCGGUGAUGCAGAUCCAACUUUAGAUUGGAACAAACGCGAACCUUGCGACUGUUUUGAUGACGAGACGCGUGGGAGCAUCUCGAGCCAAUUGGGGAUUCGAGAACGUCAGCGGUACGAGUAGUCAACUCCAGAGACGACAUCGGCAACGCUCGCCCCGAUUCGAACGGCGGGGAUACACCGGAAGGAAGAAGAAGAAGAAGAGCAUCCCAAACUGUCGAGGCGUUUCAAAGGAAUUCCCGAUCCAGGAAAUAAGACUCCGCAACCGCUGAACGAUCGGCUUCCCCGGACGAAUACGACGAUCAAACCAGAGAGCUGUUCUUCCAGUGCGGGAGGAGCGGGGAGAUGGGGGAGGCUGUUUCGGUGUGACGUCAUCGACAGUCGACUGUUGCUAAGCUGCGCACGCGCGCCCGUUUGUCAACAAUCGGAGAAUCUUUUCGUCAGCCGUCGUCGGAGUUCGGCUCAGCGGCUCACCAGAGGUCGGGGGCGGGCGAGGCGCGCGGUGUCGCCAUGGCGGCGGCCGCCGGCACCACCAAGAUCUCCUGGCGACUGCAGGAGUUUGAGGCUCACGCCGGUCGCGUUUGCUGCGCCUCUCUGGGCAAAGGGACGGGGCGCCUCCUGGCAAGCGCCGGCGAGGAUUGCAAAGUCAACAUCUGGUCCGUCAGCAAGGCCAACUGCAUCAUGAGUCUGCGCGGCCACCGGACGGCGGUGGAGUGCGUCCACUUCAGCGCGUCCGAGGAGCAACUGGCCACCGGCUCGCAGUCGGGAGCCAUCCUGGUGUGGGACCUGGAGGCCGCCAAGAUGUUGCGAACCCUUCCGGGACACAAAUCCGGCAUCACCAGUUUCGCUUUCCACCCUUUUGGAGACUUUUUGGUGUCCGGCUCCACCGACGCCAACAUCAAGAUGUGGGAUGUGCGCAGGAAAGGCCCCAUCUACAGGUACAAGGGUCACGCGGCGGCCGUCCGCAGUUUGGCCUUCAGCCCGGACGGGAAGUGGCUGGCGUCGGCCGGGGACGACUCCACGGUCAAGCUGUGGGACCUGAAGCAGGCCAAAACCCUGGCGGAGUUCACGGCCCACACGGCCGCCGUCGGCGCCGUUCAGUUUCACCCCAACGAGUACCUGCUGGCCUCCGGCGGCGCAGACAGGUGGCUGAGGCUGUGGGAUCUGGAGAAGUUCUGCCAGGUGGGGGCGCUGCAGGACACGGGCGCCAUCAGAUGCCUGACGUUCAGCGCCGACGGCGGCUGCCUGUUCAGCGGCCACGCCGACGUCCUCGGCGUGUGCGCAUGGGAACCCGAGCGCUGGCUGGACACGGUGACGGUGGGCUGGGGGCGGGUCGCCGACCUGGCGCUCUGCGACCAGCAGCUGAUCGGCGUGUCUCACCAGCUGAGCGGCGUGUCCACGUACGUGGUGGACCUGAAGCGCGUCAAGAGGAGCGCCGCCUGCGAGAGCGGCGCCGGCGACGACGACAACGUCGCCGCGGCGGCCCCGCCCGCCGACGCCAAAGCGGGCGGACCGCGCCGCAACUACGAACGCCCGUCCGGAGGGUCGGACGUCGGGGCGCCGCCCGGCGACGCCGACGCCGAGAGGCGGAGUCCCGAAGGCGAGCGGCGCAGCCCCAGCGAAGACGAGGCGGACGAGAAGGUUUCCUCGGCGGAAAUCCACAACGCGCAAGACUACCGGGAAAUCUUCCAGCCCCGCAAAGCCAUUUCUCGGACGCCUCCCGGGAUGUCGCGGCCUUUUCCCGCCCCGCCCGAGGACGGAGGAGCCGCGGAUGAGGCGCCGCCGCUUUUUCCCGAGCCGGCGACGGUCGGCCGGCCGGCCUCGUCCGCUCCCGUCCAGAGGGCGGAGCCCACGGCGGCGGCCCGCGCCGAGCGGCCCCCCGCCCCCGCCGGCGAGCGGGCCCCCCCGCCGCCCCAAAUCUUCCCGGCGGACAGGAACGAGCCCACCGGCCUGGACUUGGCCCGCUUCCUGUCGGGCCGGCGCGGCGCAGUCCUGAGCGAGAACGACGUUUUGACCCACAUCCAAAACGGCCACGCCACCAUGCGCGUCAUGCUCAGCAACCGACGCAAGAACCUGCAGACGGUCAGGGACGCCUGGGCCCGCCACGGCAUCAAGAGCGCCCUGGACGCCGCCGUGGCCAUGAACGACCUCUCCAUCGUCGUGGACGUCGUCAACAUCAUCAACAUGCAGCCGUCGCUCUGGACUCUGGACGUGUGCGCAACCAGUCUUCCUCAGAUCGACACGCUGCUGCGGAGUAAAUACGAAAGUUACGUGCAGUGCGGCUGCGCAUCCCUGAAGAUCAUCAUGAAAUAUUUCUGGCCGCUCAUCUGGGAAACGCUGCGGGCGGGGCCGUCGGUGGGCGUGGACGUGACGCGGGAGGAACGGCAGCAGAAGUGCCGCGUGUGCCGCGAGCAUCUGCGGAACAUCAACGACGCGGUGAAGAGCAAAGCCGCGCAGGUGGGGCGGCACGGCUCCGCCUUCGGGGAACUCAGGAUGCUCAUGGCGCAGCUCGACCAGCACCCGUGAACGCCGCCACGUCCGCCUUCGCUCGCUCGGCCGGCCGGCAAAUGGACACGUUCGGAAUUUGGGGCGUCGUUCCCAAAACGUCCCCUGAAAACGGGCGACCAUCAAACAAAUGACGACGGGAGCCUCCCGGCUUCGCUUGGUCCUUUUUGCCCACGUGGAAGUCAGGAAUUGAGCGCCGCAUCCAGAUCUCCCGAUUGGCCACUCGGCGACGAAUUGAGGCGGCGGCCUCUUUGACGGCGCGCACGCAAUGGCCGCUUUCCGUCAAAACGCCGAUCCCCGAUGUCAUCGUUGCACUGCGACGAUGUCGGCCGGACGCAUACUUUGAAACGCUUGCAUUUUGAAAAUAAAACCAAUAAAAAUGUUCUGGACUUGG